UUUGGCAACAUAAAUUUUCUUGGCCUUGCAUUGCUAUUGAAUUGAGAAGAGUUUUUAAAUCUUAUAUUUAUUCUUAUUGAUAUUUAUAAAUGUUGUAAAUAAUUAGAAUAUUCAAAAUGCCAUCAGCAUCAACAAAGCUUGAAAAACAAACGUCAAUGGAAGCGUUUGAUCCUAUGAAACAAAUAGUUACAAUCGUUGAAAAAAAGGUUCGAAAUUUAGAAAAGCGAAAGGGGAAGCUUGAUACUUAUCGACAUGAUUCUCAAAAUGGAAAAGAAUUGAAUGAGGAUCAAAAAAAAGCAGUUGAAAAGUAUGACUUGGUUGUAGAACUUCUGGAAUUUGCAAAAGAACUUCAAAAACAGUUCCAGACUGUUGUUCAAGAGAACACAAAAGCUCAAAAGAAAGCAGCAAAGCGUGAGCAGUUAGAACGACAACAACAGGAAUUACAAAGGAUAAAGGAAAUUAUGGUUUAUCAAGAUCUUUUAAAUAGCAUGGGAGGUGAUGAUAUAAGGCAAGAUUUUUUGGAAGGAAACAAAGGAGCUGUAAAACUUACUGAAGAAGAGUUAAAUAGCCUUGAUGAACUGUACAAAACAAUUUGCCCUGAAAGAGACCCAGAAUCCGACAAUAGCAGUGAUUUUGAUACUGCUUUAUCUUCUGCGGCAGAACAUAUUCAAGCACUGCUGGAUGCUAAAAAUAAAGAAGCAUUUGGAACAACUUAUAAAGCUUUGAGAGAGACACUACAGAAAAUUCAUUCGUGUAGUUAUUUUAACAAAUCUGAAGAGGAAGCUCCAAAUGAAACUGAGUCAAAUGUAUCAGAAGUAAAGGAGGAAGAUAAAAGUACCCAAGAGCAACAGUCUUCUGAAGUGGAGGACUUCGCAAUAGCUCAAAAAAAUGACGAGUUUGUGCUUCAGAAAAGUGGAGCUACUGUACCUCAUGCAGAAAGACCUUAUUAUCCAGUUGAAAAUGCACCUGUAUAUCCUGAUCAGGCGCAUCCUAUUCAAGAAGUUUUGUCGGGACAGGGUAAUCUCAAUUUUUUGCAAGAGUCUCAAAUUGAAAUAACAGCCUCCUCUAACAAUCAACCAGCAUCUACUACUCUUCCUGGGGUAUCUUAUGCAAAUGUCCAAUUCACUCCCGCACCACAAUCCAUAGCAGCUGCAAACAUUGCCACUCAGCAUCGCACAAGAAGAUCUAGUGAAGAGGCUAUUGUCUUACAGAACCAUUCUGCUGCAGUCUUAAACAACUCUGCCCCUCUUCAGCAGCAGCAGCUACCACCACAGCAGCAGCAGCAACCCCAACAAGCUAUCCCAAUGCAACCAACAACUCAACCAGCAGAUUUUGAUCCUGGAAGACCCAUUCCAACCCAAACAUUCACCAAUCAAAGUUUCUCAAAUGUAGUCCAUCCAAUGAUGGCUGUGCCUCAAAACUAUGUUCCUGUCACAUUACCACAUGGCAUUUCUCCAGCUCAUGUCCUUCCCACUAAUAUGGUUGUGCCACCCAGGAGUGCUGUGUCCAAUCCUAACAUGCCCAUGGCAACAGCACAUGUUCCGGUGAGUGGACUUUCAACUGCGUCAGCACUCUCCCAACAGGCAAACUUCCAAUCCCUUUGCUUGAAAAUGAAUCAGCUCAAUACUGAGUCUUCUCAACCAAUUCAUGUACCACCUCAACAAUAUGAAAUCAAUGAAAUUCAAGAAACAAAACAUGCUGCUGCUUCUUUUGGUAAUGGUGGUGGAAAUCAUACUUCAGCUGUUGAGAGUCGAAAUAGACCAACAAACAAUGCAUAUGCAAGGUCUGCUGGUCAGGUAGAAUAUGCUAAUGAUCGAGCCUACCAAAGUACAAACAAUAGUCAAGCUUACAUGAAUAGGGAAAAUUUUGUUGAUAGUUCAAGCUACAGCAGCAAUUUAAAGAGAGGAUUGACUUCAAGGGGAGGUGCAAGAGGUACACCUAGAGGCACUGGCCCCCGUGGAGGCAGAGUUGCUUACAGGAAUUAGUGACUAAUUUUGAAUCCUGAUUUCUUCACCACAUAUUACUUUCCUUUAAAAAAUAAUAAAUCUAGUUGCUCUUUGAAGUGACUAGUCUUGUUUGGAUCAGAGCUGUUGCGAUCCAUUCCAAUCUGGAAUGGCCUUGAUAUGUAUAUGCCUUUUAUAUCUGAGUUAUCUCAUCAUGCGGUGCUUCCAAGGGAAAAAAAAUAUUCAUUUUUCAAUAAUUAUGAAAAACUUUUUCUCAUUUUCCCCACUAAACACCUCUUCAAAAAAACCACCUUUUUCUCAUUAUUAGUCUUGUUUGGAUGACUACGCUAUUUGCAGCAUGAGUAGCUAAUGCUGUUAUGUUGUGUUUCAUGUUCAGUUGGGGACCAGUCUCUCUUCUUAGUGUAUUAUUUGUUAUUGAUGUAUUUUUUAAAAAUUUCUUUGAAUGUAUAUUGAAGGAAAUCUGGAAAGGUUAUAUGUGUACUUAGUACUAUUAUUUUUCAUUAAUUAAUCUGUUUGAAUUGGAUGAAAAAAAUCAUAGAAAUUUUUGUAUGUGUUAGUAUUUUUCUAUUAAAAUACAAAUAAUUAUGCUA